AUGUCAGCUCCUGCACCUCAAUACAAACAAUCACUCGAUGGUAGUACCGUCAACAACGGUUCAAACGCAUACAACAGCAGCAAUGGUUCCGGAUCUGGAUCUGGUCCUGGUGCCAUCGCCGGUAAGAUGACCAAUCAAAAUGAUGAUGAUCUUCACCGAUAUGUCACCGAUGAUCAACCCAGACAACCUAAGAUGACUCCUUCUGGAGCCAAGACUUCAGAGGGCGGUUUAUUGACCGUCCAACCUCUCAGAAAGAACGAGAUGCAACCCUCAUACGCUCAAGACAUGGGUACAGCUUCCAUUCAACACGGAUUUUACGGUUCCAUGAUGAACGGUCUUGGUUCAUGUGUCGGUACGAUCGGUAUGAUCCCAUGUUGUCCAUUCCCCAAUCCAUUCAAGAACGUCGAUCAAGGUUCCGUCGGAUUGAUCAGUCGAUUUGGUCAAUUCUACAAGUCCGUCGACCCUGGUCUUGUCAAAGUCAACGUUUGUACCGAGUCUGUGCGAGUUGUUGACGUCAAGAUUCAACUUACUUCCGUACCUCGACAAACCGUCCAAACCAAAGAUAAUGUCUCAGUCGAUGUAGACAGUGUCAUUUGUUGGCAUGUAAUCUCCCCAUACAGAGCUGCUUUCGGUAUCAACGAUGUACGAACAGCUCUUGUUGAGCGAGCUCAAACCACCCUUCGACAAGUUGUUGGUGGUCGAGUACUACAAAGUGUUAUCUCUGACCGAGAGGGUCUUGCAUGUGAAGUUGCCGAGAUUAUCGAAGCCACUGCCGAGAAAUGGGGUGUUGCAAUCGAGUCCAUCUUACUUAAAGAUAUUAACUUCUCCAUUGAACUUCAACAAUCCUUAUCUUCUGCCGCUACUCAGAAGAGAAUCGGUGAAAGUAAAGUUAUUGCCGCUAGAGCUGAGGUUGAUGCAGCCAAAUUGAUGAGACAAGCUGCCGAUAUUCUUGCAUCUCCAGCCGCUAUGCAAAUCCGACAACUCGAAGCUUUACAGAACAUGGCUAGAUCAGCAGGUAGUAAGGUUGUCUUUGUACCCAUGAAUCUGAGUGGAAUGGGUGCAGCGGGAAUGAGCGGUGAUGUUGCUAAACAAAUCGCUGCCUCAGCUCAUGACGAAGGUGGUUACCAUGGUGAAGGCGAAGCCGGACCAGCUACCAAUGCAGGACUCAUCAGCUCAAUGGCCAAUGUAUAA